AUGGCGUGUACAUUUUGCACAAAAUCGUUUGGAUUUUUCAACAAAGAACAUGGUUGUCCCGUAUGCAAAUAUUCGUUCUGUUCGGGUUGUUUGAAAUACAAACUUGUGCGCGAUGGAAAAAAGCUGAACGUUUGUUUGCGUUGCUCUAAAGUUCCCUUAAGUACUGUUCCAUCGACUACUACAGAAAAUGACUCGAAAAUUAGCUCGAGAAAAAAUCAGGAAAAGGUUAACAUUCGCACAGAACCAACUUCAGAUGAGCGGUUCGAGGAAGAUCUGAUACGCAAUAAGUUAGAUGCCCUAAAAACCACUGAUUCUGAUGAUCAACCGUCCAGCACGGAUGAAGCAGCAUGCAACGAUAAUAGCGAUAUCGAAAAACGACUGGCAGCUUUAAAAGGUGUUGAGUAUAAGGAUUACAAAGCUUCCACUGAACGGUUCAUGACAGCAGAUAAACGCACGGAAGAACAAAAGGUCCAAGAUCUGCUCGGCCAGUUUGAGGAAGAAACUAAACUAAAUAACGUAAUGGACAGUAAGCGGGAAGAACAGGACGACGAAAUUAUGAAGCGAUUGAAUGCCUUAAAAGAUUUCCAACCGGGAAGUGAAGCUAAAAGUGGCCAAUCGCAGUUACCGCUUCCGGAUAGUGAUUCAGAUGAUGGGUUGAAUGACGAAGAGCUUGCUCGAAAAUUGGCCAAACGUUAUGUCGAGGAAGGAAUGAUUGAAGCGAAGCUUAACCCAAGUGAUGUUCUUGACGAUGAUAUAUCAACAACGGGGACUUUUUCGACUGAUGUUCGCGAAGAGGAUCCGCUGCCUUGGUGUACCAUCUGCAACGAAGAUGCCGUUCUACGUUGUCGUGGAUGCGAUAAUGAUCUGUACUGUAGGGCUUGCUACAAGGAGUUCCACUACGAUGAAGAUCCAAAAGAGCACCCAGCUGUAGCGUACCAUGCCAAAGGAGGGAAAACAAGCUAA